AUGAGACCUCUUGCGCAGCAGUUUGUCAGUCUGGAAAUUCAUAAUGGACAAACUGUGCGGUUCUGGACAGACUUAUGGCAUCCGUUGGGUAUAUUGAUCACGGUUGCAGGUGAGAUUGGCACUCAGAAGCUUGGUAUAGCGAGAUCAGCUUUUGUUUGCAAAGUGUGGAACGAUGGUGGGUGGGUUUUUCGUCGAAGUUGUGAUAGAAAAAUGGGAAACCUUGUCCAAGCUGUUGAAACUCAUAAGCUAGCUGACGAUUGCAUAAGUCCUGAUGUUGUUCUUUGGAAGAGGAGUGCGACUGAGUUUGGUAAACAUUUCUCUAUUGCUGAGAUAUGGAAGCAAACACGUCUGGACAAUCCAAUUAUGUCAUGGAGUAAAGUAGUUUGGUUUCCAUUAGGAGUUCCGCGAUUUUGCUUUUAUUACAUGGCUUGCAAUAAGGAACAUGCUAUCUACGGGGAGCGUAUGCGUGGUUGGGGUCAGGUUCAAGAUAGAGGUGAUAGGUACGCUCUUGUGUCGGCCUCCUGA